AUGGGGAGCAGCACCUCUAUCCAUCAUCAUUUUGCUUUUCAGAAUGCAGAGAAAGCCUUCAAGGCAGCGGUCCUGAUUCAGAGAUGGUACCGGCGCUACACGGCCCGCCUGGAGAUGAGACGGCAGUGCACCUGGAGCAUCUUCCAGUCCAUAGAGUAUGCUGGGCAGCAAGACCAGGUCAAGCUCCAUGAUUUCUUCAGUUACCUUAUGGAUCACUUCACCCCAGACAGCCACCAUGAGAGGGAGUUCCUGGACCGCAUGUUCACUGAGGAGAGAUUCCCCCAGGAGGCCGAGAUGGAGAAAUACAGUGACUACGAAUCCAUCGAGGUGCCAGACAGUUACACAGGACCACAUCUCUCCUUCCCGCUCCUCCCUGACCAUGCCACUGCCCUGGUGGAAGCUUUCAGACUGAAACAACAGCUCCAUGCUAGAUACGUCUUGAAUCUUUUGUAUGAGGCCAGGAAACACCUGGCGCAGCUGCCUAACAUCAGCCGGCUCUCCACCUGUUACAGCGAGGAGAUCACAGUGUGUGGAGAUUUACAUGGCCAGUUAGAUGACUUAAUAUUUAUAUUUUAUAAGAAUGGCCUCCCAUCACCAGAGCGAGCAUACGUGUUCAAUGGUGACUUCGUGGAUCGAGGCAAGGAUUCAAUAGAGAUCCUGAUGGUUCUUUUUGCCUUCAUGUUGGUUUACCCCAAAGAGUUCCAUCUUAACCGAGGAAAUCACGAGGACCAUUUGAUGAACUUACGAUAUGGCUUCACCAAGGAAGUGAUGCAAAAAUAUAAGGUACAUGGAAAGAAAAUAUUAAGAACUCUUCAAGAUGUGUUCUGUUGGCUUCCAUUGGCCACUCUGAUUGAUGAGAAAGUCCUGAUUCUUCACGGUGGAGUAUCAGACAGGACUGACUUGGAGCUUUUGGCUAAACUAGACAGGCACAAGAUCGUUUCCACGCUGAGAUACAAGAUAAGAAAGGAAAAUGACAGACAGGCAGAGAAGAGAAAAGCCCACCAGACAAGCUCUGCGCAGACGCCCACCCCAUGGUUUCUUCCCCAGAGCCGCUCUCCCCCUUCUCUACCCUUUCACCUGGGCUCAGACAAGGCCCACAAAGCCAGCCUGUCCUCCAGCGUCCCCUUCGGCGCCCCGCUUGAGCACACCGAGCUGGCCUGGCUGGGGAGGCGCUCGGUGGACCUGGAGCUGGAGCGGUGCCAGCAGCGAGCCAACUUCCCGGGGAUUGGGGAGAAGGAGGAGCCCUUGCCCCAGACCUCGGAAGCCCACGCAGUCCCUGGAGAGCUGCCCGAGCCCACUCUGCAGGAGUGGAGGCAGGUUGUCGACAUCCUGUGGAGUGAUCCCAUGAUGCAGGAGGGCUGCAAAGCAAACACCGUUAGAGGAGGAGGCUGUUACUUUGGGCCUGAUGUGACAGAACAGUUGUUACAGAAAUACAACCUGCAGUUUCUGAUCCGUUCCCAUGAAUGCAAACCUGAAGGCUAUGAGUUCUGCCACAACCGCAAAGUGUUAACCAUCUUUUCUGCCUCCAACUACUAUGAAGUUGGCAGUAACAGAGGGGCCUAUGUCAAACUGGGGCCAUCCCUGAGCCCAUAUAUUGUGCAGUAUCAAGCUAACAAGGCAACCCACAUGCUCACCAUGAGGCAAAGGAUUAGCAGAGUAGAGGAAUCAGCUCUGAGAGCUCUGCGGGAAAAGCUAUUUGCUCAUUCCUCAGACCUCCUUGAUGAAUUUAAGAAGCACGAUGCAGAUAAAACUGGUUUAAUCACUCUGACUGACUGGGCGGCAGCCGUGGAGUCCGUGUUGCAUCUGGGAUUGCCAUGGCGGAUGCUGAGGCCACAGCUGGUGAACAACUCAAUGGACAACACACUGGAGUACAGGUCCUGGUUGAAGGACUUGGCCAAAGAACAGCUGAGCCGUGAGAAUAUACAGUCAAGUUUGCUGGAAACCCUGUAUCGAAACCGAUCCAACCUGGAGACUAUUUUUAGGAUCAUAGACAGUGAUCACUCAGGGUUCAUCUCCCUGGAUGAGUUCAGGCAGACAUGGAAGCUAUUCAGCUCUCACAUGAACAUCGACAUCACAGAUGACUGCAUCUGUGACCUUGCCCGGAGCAUUGAUUUCAACAAGGAUGGCCACAUCGACAUCAAUGAGUUCCUGGAGGCCUUUCGCCUUGUGGAGCAAUCCUCCUCAGAGGGCCAAGCCGCAGACUGCCCAUAG